AUAUUAGUUGUUUUAAAAUCGUAAUAUUUGAUAUCCAAGUUUGAAGCAGAGUAGCUAAGAAGCUGCAACUGAUAAGUUGAUAACUCUUGCAGAAUUAGCUACUAUAUGAUCAAAAUGAAAUAUCGGUUUAGAGAUGAAUCAACACAAACCAGUUUGUUUUUGACGUUUUGAUUUCAAAACAAAUCUUGGUUUAGAUGAAAGCUUUGUUGGUUUCCUUAUAAAUAAAUACACAAGAAGCGAAGCGAUCAACAACUUUUUUCAAAAACCAAAGCUUUCUGUUAUCUCAUUCGCUUCUGACUACUGACUUAACAAGAAGAUGGCUCAAAUUCCCGGCGGCGGCGAUGCAAACAAGAAACCGCAAGAAGAGCCAGUUCUCUACGCCUCCAUCGGGUUCCCUCCUUCCGAAAGCCCGAGCUGGUACACUCUCCACCGAGACAACGUUUCUUUAACCUUGCGCAAGAUCCAAGAACCAUUACCUUCGAGGCUCCUGAGCGCCGUCGUCACAAUCGGAACAGCGAUGUACGUACUCGGUGGAAGCGUCGGAGGAAACGCCACGUCGGACGUGACUCUCAUAGACUGCAGACUCCGGACGUCUCAGCCCCUCCCGAGCAUGAGAAGGGCUCGCAGACACGCGGUGGCCGGAGCCAUCGACGGGAAGAUAUACGUUAUCGGAGGGUGCAGGAAGAAGUCUUAUGACUGGGUCGAAGUCCUUGACGUCAAGACUCGGAGUUGGCGUGUUGUCCCUGGCGUCUUGCCUCACGCUCACUGGGAAGGACAGUUCGUGACAUGCGCCGUGAUGGACGACAAGAUCUUCGUUCUGGACCCGAGUGCUACUUGUUUGGUUUUCGAUCCCAGAGUAGGUGCUUUGGUCGAAUGGGACGAUGGAGUUGAGAUGAGGAGUUUGUGGCAAGCGUCGUCUUGUGUGGUCGAUGAUAUGUUGUAUACCGUUGAUCCUGGGUGUUCUCUUAAGCAUCCGAUAGUUGUGUAUGAUCCUAAGGCAGAGGAGAGGAGGUGGAGACCAGUGUAUGGUGUAGAUUUGAAGAAAGAUUUGCCUCCUUUUGAUUCUUGGUAUGACUCCAAAAUGGCGAAUCAUGGUGGGAAGUUGGUGAUUCUGAUCGGUAGUAACCCCUGGCCUUGUUUUCAUCACGGGAGACAAGACGUGUGGUGCGUAGAGAUCGCUUUGGAAAGACAGGGAGAUGAUAUUUGGGGGCAUGUCGAGUCAACCACGCUGGUGCUUACAUCACGGAAGUGGCCUUCCAUUGAGCUUUCUCGAUCUGUUACUCUUUGAUGAUGCUUGAGAUGUGGUUUCUUGCAGGUGAAGGAUCUUUUAUUGCAUCUACUGUUUAAGCAGUUUGUUGAUAUGAUGAGAGCAAAAUAAAUAUGAAGCAAAGUGUCUGUCUUCUGACACCUCAAGAGUAACUCAUCCUUCUUAACCUUUGUGGCAUUAGUGUGGAUACUCUUUACAGAUUUCGCCUUGAGUAGAUUUCCUUUUGGUUUAAAAAAGGAUAAGACCAUUCUUUUUAGCUGCCUUUCGUAAAUAGAUACUUCUUAUUGAAAUGCAUCUUUGGUUAUCUGUGUGUUUACAUAUAUAAUAACUCCUCUGCGAGUAAUCACAAUUAGACAAUUUCAAGUAGCACACUGUUUACAAAUGCUAUACUAUUCUUAUGGAAGAUUUCUUCAGCUGCAUGGUAGGCCUAGGCCAUUCUUUUAUUGCGUCACUGUAACAUUCUUACGAAACUUAUUUGUUGAAAUGCAUCUUUUUUUAAGCUUAUAAUUCAUAACCACAAUUAGAUAUAACAACAAAAACCAGUCUGCUUCUACUAGACGAGCAAAAUGAAAUCUUGUUUUGGAGAAUAAAGAAAACAAAACCAGUUUAGACAUCCGGUGGUUAUGACUUAUGACCUUAUGCUAUCCAUCCUUAAGUUGGACCCAAAUAAGAUAAAUUAGGAUCUGAAACAAGGCCCGCCAGAAAGCAAAAAUAUAGGUCCCACCGAGAAUUGAACUCGGGUUACUAGAUUCAGAGUCUAAUGUCCUAACCGCUAGACCAUGGGACCAUUUGUGUUGUAAAUUAAGAAUAAUGAUUUCUAUCUUCGCUGCUGCUCUGUUUGUCCAGGACAUGGGUAUUCUUUAUGCGGGCAAUUGGAAACAUGUUAGUCAACUUUCCGUCUUUACUAACCAAUAGCCUCUACAAGAAAAUCCG